AUGUGGACUGGCAUGUCUGCAGACUCUGAUGAGGAGUAUUUCAAUGAAAACGAAGGGAGUGAGAAGGUGGUUGGAGUUUCUAUGAAGUUGUGGAUGGCUGAGAGCGACUCUCGCAAGGCGAACGGCGAUGCUAAGGGAUCGGAGGGCGAUCGGAGCAGGCACAGAGACAGGAGUUCUGAUAGUGCUGGUGCUGGUGCUGGUGCCAGUGCUGGUGAUUGCGCUAUUGCUCCUUCUCUCUCUCCUGCUUGUUUGUCUCAUGAUCUGCUGCUCGGGCAAUCUCUGCAGUCAGCAAACCAGCUGAGGACACAGAUGGAGGCCCACAAGAAGGCGAGCAGGAUUCAAGUUUCGAACCUCCCGGAUGGAAUUUCUGACAGGAAGGUUAGGGAAUUUAUGAAUGGAGCGAUGAAAUCAUCAGGUAACGAAGACAUCGAUGAUUGGGAUUGUGGUGAUGGAGAUCAUGGUCUUGCUGAGGAAGACUGUGUGACGGAUGUUUACGUGAACAGCAACUCAAGGUUUGCUUUCGUGCAGCUGCGAUCUCCAGAAGAAGCAACAAGCUGUAUCAUCAACCUGGACGGCCUGCUUAUGAACGGACAAGAGCUGAAGAUUGCAAGGCCUCAAGACUUCACAUUCGCUGCCAACUUGGCGGGGAUCGGAAUGGCAGGAACUGGGGAGCUGUCUCAGACUCAGCUCUUUCUUCAGCAGCAUCAGCUCGAACAAAUCUUUCAGCUCCAGAGGCUGGCGGCUGGAGAUAACGGUGAGGAUGAGGAUGAGGAUGAGGAUGAGGAUGAGGAUGAGGAUGAGGAUGAGGAUGAGGACGAGGACGAGGAUGAGGAGAGAGAGAGAAAACCGAAAGUCUCACAAGAGGAAGGGAUGAAAAUAACGAUGAGAGCUCGUCGAGUCAAGUUUACCAACAUCCCCAACGAUGAUGAGAUGCAUGCCGGUUUCAUGUCGUUCCUCAAUGCUCUCUUUGAGGCGUCCAAGCUCAACAUCAAGAACGGUCCUGCUAUCAUCAACGCAGAAAUCUUACCCGACAAAACUUCUGCUAUUGUAGAGUUCCGAACUGUCAAAGAGGCUCUCAGUGCUACCCAGAACCUCAUUGGCAUCCAAUACGGAGACAACCACCUCAAGGUGUCGUUUGCGGAAGGUUACAAACCUCUGAGCGACGAGGAGACGUGGAAAGUGAUGGGAACUGGAUACCUCGGUACGGUGAUGCUCAUGACGGAGGAGCUAUUGAUGAGAAACGAGGAAGAGGAAGAGGAAGAGGAAGAGGAAGAGGAAGAGGAAGAGGAAGAGGAAGAGGAGUUUACUGUAGCUAUGUCUGAUGAUGGUGGUGAUGAUGACGAUGAUGACGAUGACGAUGACGAUGACGAUGACGACGAUGACGAUGACGAUGCCGGGAUCAACAUCGACAUGAUCCGAUCAUCUCAGAGCCAGAUGGUGAAGAAGAAGGCAAACUCAGAACCUGUCGAGUCUGAAGCGACAACUGUUCUUGUGCUCGAGAAAGUUUUCUCGGAGAAAGAACUCAAUGACGAUGCGGAAUGCAAGGACAUCCUAGAAGACACCAAACUGAAGUGCAUGGAAGAUUUUGGAGAGAUCGCGUUCAAGGCCGCUCAAGGGCUGCACGGAGUGAAGUUUGACGGUCGUCCCGUCAUCGCAAGUUUUGCCGAUGAAAAAACUUUCGAAGAGUUAUCAAAGCGAGUCACUAUGAAGAUCUAG